UUCCAAUAGCAGCCGGGCGGGGAUUGUUCCUGAGCUCAUUCACUUCACUUCCGCAUCGUUCAUUCGGCGACGCCAUAGAAGAAGUCGUGUUGUGUGUCACAAUAUGGCCGACGACGAUCUCAAAAGGUUAAGAGCGGCCAGGGGACAAUCAAAGGCGGCCAUUACAAGGAUGAUGGCCUUUAAGGCGACAGCGGAGGCUGCUUCUAGCAGCGAUGCGGACCCUCUGCUAUACCAGCAGAAGAAUGAUAGGCUUGAAAAGACUUUUCAAGAAUAUAAGGAACUCAACCUUGAAAUUUCAUUGUUGGACCCUGCGGAUUCCGAACGUGUUGAGGACUUCGAGGAGAAAUAUGAUCUGCUCAAAUCGUUCUAUGCGGGUGUAGUAAACAAGGCAUUGGACGCCUCUACGUCGAGCGUCUCACCGCAACCAUCCUUUUCGUCUCCUGGAGGCUGUAAUGCCUCGCCAUUUAGGCUGCCUCCAAUAAAUCUGAAAGUGUUCGCGGGAGAGAGCAACGGGCUGCUGCCUUGGAGUCCCUGGGAGAGCGGACGCCUUCAGGGCGCCGGUCUAGUUUAGUUGCGAGUAGUGUUAAAGUGGCCAAGCCGCUUAAGUCGGGUAUAAACAAAUGCGCUUUUGCCGGAGCAGCUGCCAGCCCUGCCUAGCAAGCUGAUCCUGCAGAAUACACGCUUUGGGUUUAACGUUGCUGGAUUGGCUGGUGCUUCCGACACAGCCCCGGUAUUCAACUUAGUAUCAAAUUAUUGCUGUCAACAGCUAACACACAACAGUGACAUAGGUAAAUUAGAUAAUAUUGUAUCUCAAUUUUGGUCUACUGAAAAGGUCCCAGAGACAUUCACAGAGGCCAGCUCUGAACAAGAGUUAGCUGAAAAAAUAUUUCAAGACACUGUAGUCUUAAAUGAUAAUAAAUUUGAAGUGGCGUUGCCCCUUAAGCAAGAUAUUAAAGACUUGUACUUAGGCAAUUCACUGUCAUGUGCUCUGAAACGAUUUUUGAAUUUAGAGUUGCGAUUUAAAAAAGAUGAUGAGUUGUAUUUAAAAUAUAAAGCUUUCAUAGAUGAGUAUGUGCGAUUAGGUCACGCAAAAUAUAUUGACCUUUCACAGUAUAACUUGGAUAGUCAAGCAGUUUACUUCCUAGCUCAUCACCCUGUUUUUAACCCCUCCAGCAAAACUUCUGCUCUGAGGGUUGUUUUUGAUGGGUCAAUGCCCACUUUGGCUAAAAUCUCACUCAAUGAUGUUUUAUUAAACGGCGCCGUUGUGCAAAAUGAUCUAUUUAGUAUUAUAGUAUUGUUUCGACUAUAUAAAUUCAUUUUGAAUUGUGAUAUACAAAAGAUGUUCAGAGCUAUCUCGUUAACUUCAGAGCACAGGCCUUUACAAAAUAUUUUGUGGCGUAAAGAUAAGAAUUCAGACAUACAAUGCCUUCAGCUACAAACUGUAAGUUAUGGUUUAAAAAGCUCAUCGUUUCUGGCCACUAGGUGCCUAUUAGAGUUAGUAAAUAGGUAUAAAGAUGCUUAUCCCCUGGCCGCAGAAGCCUUGUUAUAUAACACAUAUGUUGACGAUGUCAACCUGGUAGCCAAUGAUAUGAACCAAAUUUUGGCAGCCAAGACACAAUUGAUAGCCUUACUAAAGUUAGGUGGCUUUGAACUGCACAAGUGGUGCUCAAAUGUUGAUGGUUUAUUGGAUGAUAUCCCAAUUAGCUUACGAACUAAGGCAGUAGUAGACUUUUCCAAUGAAAAGGACCCAAUUGUGAAAACUUUAGGCAUUCAAUGUGACUUGGCUUCUGACACUAUUAUAAUGGUUGCCCCUAGACAUGAUGUUUGUGACAAUUACACAAAAAGAGGUUUAUUAUCAUUUGUCAGCAGACUUUUUGACCCUUUAGGCUUGGUCGGGCCGGCCAUAGUUAAUGCAAAGCUGCUCUUACAGCAGACAUGGUUGGAAAAACUAGAUUGGAACUCUCAGUUGCCCGACCACCUCAAUGAUGGGAUGAAAAGGUUUGCGGCAAGUCUGAAUAAAAUGAAGAGUAUCAUAAUUAAAAGAAAUUUAGGACACCUAAAGGGUCUGUCAUACGUACAAGCAUAUAUAUAGUUUGUGAUCUGCCAAUAGAUAUUUAAUUAAGUUUAAUUACAUAGCCCUUUAAUUAUAAGAAAACCUUUGCGGUUGGGAAUAUGUACGAGACGGUACAUAAUAAUUAUAUGUAAUGACAUCUGUCAAAGAGUUCAGUACAGAACUUACCGCAUACCUAGCACAGCGUGCUAGCGGUUGAACUUAAUAGAUUAAGCUUAUAAAAGUUGUAGUAGUUAGAAAAGUGGAAAUACAGUUCUUCAUUCAAUAAUAA